AGGCACAUCUCCUUCAAGAGGCACCUCCCUCGCCAGAUGCACGUGUCCAGCAUGGACUACGGCCUGGAGCCGCCGGCCGUGGCCGAGCAGCCCACCAGCAUCGGCCGCAUCAAACCCGAGCUCUACAAACAGAAAACGGUGGACACCGAGGACCUCAAGAAAGAGGCGGAGAAAACCUGCGGGAAAAUCAACUUCACCCUCAAGUACGACUACGAGAACGAGACGCUGACCGUGAGGAUCCUCAGGGCUUUUGACCUGCCSGCCAAAGACUUCUGUGGCAGCUCGGAUCCCUACGUGAAGAUCUACCUCCUGCCCGACCGCAAGCGCAAGUUCCAGACGCGGGUGCACAGGAAGACCCUGAACCCCACCUUCGAUGARUCCUUCCAUUUCCCCGUGCCCCACGAGGAGCUGGCCAGCAGGAAGCUCCACCUGAGCGUCUUUGACUUUGACAGGUUCUCCAGGCACGACAUGAUCGGGGAGGUGAUCCUGGAGAACCUGUUCGAGGACUCGGACCUGUCCCGGGAGACGUCCAUCUGGAGGGACAUCCAGUACGCCACCACGGAAAGCGUGGACCUGGGCGAGAUCAUGUUUUCCCUUUGUUAUUUGCCAACUGCAGGUCGCCUCACCCUAACAGUCAUUAAAUGCAGGAAUCUCAAAGCUAUGGACAUCACUGGCUACUCAGAUCCAUAUGUCAAAGUGUCUUUGCUCUGUGACGGGCGAAGGCUGAAAAAGAAGAAAACCACCAUAAAGAAAAACACCCUUAAUCCCACCUACAACGAAGCAAUAAUCUUUGACAUCCCCCCCGAGAACAUGGAUCAAGUCAGCCUCCUGAUCUCCGUCAUGGAUUAUGAUCGGGUGGGACACAACGAAAUCAUCGGGGUUUGCCGCGUGGGGGUCAACGCYGAGGGGCUGGGCAGGGACCACUGGAACGAGAUGCUGGCGUACCCCCGCAAACCCAUCGCCCACUGGCACCCGCUGGUGGAGGUGAAGAAAUCCUUCAAGGAGUGGCACGGCCGGGCGGCGAGCUUCGACAGCCAGGGCUCCUGUCCCUCUCCCAAACCACCCCCCACGCCGUGAUCCAGAGCUGGGCAAGGAAAAUGGGACUAAACCAAGUAAUUUUUGCACUUGGCCUUCAGUCUCAGUGGUUGCUGAGGGGCGGUGGCGGCAGCGGGACUUUCCGGUCUAGUUGUUCCUGCGUAAGUAAAGGUAGAAACCCGUUUCGUGGUCAAAUCCGUUUUUGUCUAAUAUGUCUCCCAAGGUGAUGUAAUUUUCGUGGCUUUUGCUGUACGGGUCUGUUUCCGGAGGGAGAAGGUGGACUGAGGUGUGUGUCGGGAGUUUGGUCUGUAAAAUAACCUGUAAAAAAUAGAUUUUAAUGUGUGUGAACGCUGGAAAAGGGCGAGGAUGUGACUGCAGAGGGCAGAGGUGGCCGGGACAGGGGACAGCAGUGGCAGAAAGUGGGAGAAGACUCCUCCAACCCAUCCUCGAGGCCAACCCCAGCCCUGCAGAGCAUCUCCUGUUCACGUAGAGGUGUCCAUGAGCUCUUAGAAGUUUGUGCAGUGUGUACCCCACAAUUCCUUCUGUCAUAUAUAAAAAUGCUGUUGAUUCCUCAGGAGGGAAACCCUCGGGUUCUUUUUUUUUYCCCUGUAUCUGAAGUCUCCCCAGAGCUAUUUGCAUGAACAGUUCCUUCAGCCCCCUUUGUAGCUGCUGCUCGUCCCCCCAGUGCAUCCCCACCUGAUUGGGAGAGGAGGGAACGGCGUUGCCAMGGGUGGGAUUUGGGACAAAAAARGGGGAAAAUGGUACAGAAAUGGGUGACACCCCUGCACAGCCACUGGAUCUCUGUUUGUCCUAUAAUCUGAAUAAUAAAAGGUGACCCAAGGGGGAAAAGACACACAGAAACAUGACUGAUAUAYAAAAAAAGCUCCCAAACUUUUUCCCCAAACUUCUACUCAUAAAGGAAGUGUCAGCACUUCCUCAAAGAACAAAGUUUCUCAGCCCAAGCCCUGAAGGAAUGUCAAGUUCUGGGGGGAAAAAAAAAACGAAGUUUUGUUGGUUCCUUGGCUGCAGAGGCCAAAAAUGAAGUUAGAAUGUCCCAAGUACUGGCUUUACAGCUAAAUCAGCUGAUCUUUAUCAGCCAGCUGUGGAUUUUGGCCACUUCCUCAUCCUGGAUUUUSCUCUGAGUUAAGAAAUACAUUAGUGCUGUUUAUUCCACCCUAAUUAAACCGAGUGAAAGCAAAUAUUUCGGUUUUGAGGCCGAAUUUGCCAGCGAGGCAGCCGCUUCCCCUCCCCUCAGGUUGGCAGGACCGUGUCCAUCAGCCCCAAACCCUCAGGUCCAACUUCAGUUUCCAUUUUCCUAAAUGUCACCGCRUCCCCCCCGGGCGCACAUCGCAGCUGGGGAGGGUUGUUUGCGCUGCUCCUGGGUGAGAAAAAUCCUUUUUGUUCAGUGAAGGGUGAACACAUCAUUCCUCAUCACACCUCGUGUCUUAAUUCUCUUUAUGUGCCACGCGCUAGAGGAGCAGAAAUCUCAAUAAAAUUAUUUUGUU